GACUGCCUUAGUGUCAUACCCGUUUUGGACUGGAGAGAUGCUCUCUACUUUCGGAUGACCACUUGUUUUCUUCCUUCAGUGUACCUCUUAGUUCGCUCCGACGGCUCCGAAGUUGCAUUCAACCUGGAAACGUGCUUGUAUCUAUCCAUGAAGUGUCUUGUAUUCUUCUCGCUACGCAAGUCGGAGAAAGCACUCAUAGAAUGGAGGCAUUUCCUGAAAUCUCGUAACGUUGAUAGCAAGCCUGGUGUUCUUCUUUCAUCGACGAAUAUACCCCUCCCAUUGCUCUUCUUGCUUGGCUGCGCCUCGCUCUUUGAGAAUGCAUGCUGAGCUACCUGUCCUCUCUUUUCUCUGUGUCGCUCUCUUGCUCGCUCUUGCACCUCUUCAUUGGAAGUCUCGCAAUGUGGCGAUACUCUCACUCAUGGCUUGGCUUAUGAUCUGUAACAGCAUCCAAGGCGUAAACAGCCUGCUGUGGCGAAGCGAUACCGCCGUUAGAGCGGCAGUAUGGUGCGACAUCGCCUCGAAGUUUCGCCUCGGUGGGCAAUUAGCCCUUCCGGCAACUUGUGCCUGCGUCUGCUGGCACCUCUACUUCUUAUCAAAUAGUAACAACGGAAAACGACGCAAGCAUAGAAAUAUCGUGGAACUAAUCGUAUGUCUCCUUUGUCCUUUGAUAUAUAUGGCCAUUCAUACCAUCGUUCAAAGCCAUCGCUUCGAACUCAUUCAAGAUUUUGGCUGCUCAAGCUCCAUAUUUACGUCUUCAAUUGCCCUAGUAUUGGUCUGGAUACCACCACUGAUCCUCUGUAGCAUAACAUAUGUCUUCGCUGCCCUCGCACUAACGAGUCAUCUCCGUGUCGACCGCGCUCGACUGGCCACGCACACAGUUACCUUAAAUUUCAUUCGACCUCUACUUACUUCCAUUAUAAUCGCUUCCAUCACUCUCUUGGCCACCAUCUUCAACAUAUACUGCCAUAUUACUUCCGUCGGAGGCUUGCAGCCAUGGCGGUCUCUGUCGGAAACACAUGUUCACUUCUCCGAGGUGCACUUCGUUUCUCAGUCUUCUCGACUAGACUUUACGAGGAUUACUGUGGAAUGGUGGGGAAUACCCGCUGCGUCAAUUGCAUUCAUAGUUCCAUCGUUUAUUGGACUCAUCUUUGGGACACGAAACGACGAAUCCAUGGUUGGUGUUCGCACCGUAAGUCGAUGGAUCGAUCGAAGGAUACUUCACAAGUCGGUCGGAAUCCAGUCCUUCAUUACAUCUUCUGACGACUUUUCUCGGAGUAUCACUUUGAAGUCACCACCGACACCGACUCCUGUUCAUCUUCUGAAGUCCGGUUGGGAUGAUACUCUUCGUUCCGACCAUUCUCCCAGAAAGGCCAAACCAAAGCCACCACCAAUCAUAUGUGACAUGCCUCCAUCGCCAUCCUCUACAUCAGAAUCUGAGACAGAGCCCGACACGUCUUUCGUCGUUUCGACGCUCACCUAUCUCCAGUCACCCACAGGUUCCCAGGCUCUCGAGCUGCCGCGUCGAGCGAAAAUGAGAACUCUCCAAUCAGCUCAGCCUGCUCCACUCCAGUCGUCCAACAGGUUGUCAGUUCCCGUUCAGGGACAUGUUUCCGAAUCUCCAGCUUCGUUCACACAGUCCCUCUUGUCAGCGCCCUGGCCGGAACCACCCUCCAGCAUCCCUAUCUCACCUCAUUCACUAAGCACAGAGUCACUCCCUUCCCCUGCUAGUGCUUACUCUCAAGCGUCCUCGCGUGCCAUUCGUCAUGCAAGUACCUCGUCCAUCAGCGGUAGCAUCGCGUCGUCCACGAUCAGCACGAAUGGAUAUGCAGUAUAUGACCCUGCUUUGCCUCCUCCCACUCCUCACCGAGCUCCUUUCGAGAACUCCGGUAUACCAGCAAACAUUCCCACGUCCCCGAAGCCAGUGAGGAGCAUGGGAAGCAAGGAUACGUUGAGUAGUAGGAAAUUAGUCCACGGGCUCAGCCGAAAGGGCAAAGACCGACCGUCAACUAGGGAGAGAGCGGAAGCUGAGGGGAUUUUUAUGACUGUGGUCCAGGAGACUGUUUAAACUUCUCUAUCAAGUUCAUGUGCUAUCUUUUCUCGAAGUUGUGCUCUAAAUUGUUCGCCCUCAUACCCUUCGUCAUUUCGGAUACCAACUUGUUUCUACUUUUUAAUUUUUCCUUCGCACUCCCUGUAGCCAUCUCUGAUUCGUCACACUGUAGCAUUUGCGUCCUGUAUCAUAUUGACAUAUUGAACAUAAGCAUGCGAUGGCAUGUUGUCCGCUUGCUGGCAGAAGUGUUUGUGACCAUC